AUGCCAAAAGGAAUUACAAAAAAACAAAUGAAAAGAAAAGUUAUAUCUUUAGAAAGCAAAAUUAAAAUUUUGGAUCGUCUACAUAAUGGAGAAAGAGUAAUAGAUGUUGCUAAAUUUUAUUCUAUGAAUGAAGCCACAAUAAGGACAAUAAGAAAAAAUGAAGACUCCAUUAGAAAAAGUGUAGCAGCUGGAUCUUCUACGAGUAUGAGCACAACUACAUACAUUUAUGAAAAAAUUAAGAAUCAGUUACCAUCUACUUCUUCAGCUGAAAAGAACGUAUCUUUUUCUGCAAGCCAUGGUUGGUUUGAAAGAUUUAAACGAAGACAUUCUUUACAUAAUCUAAGAUUGAAGGGUGAACAAGCAUCUGCUGAUUCAGAUGCAGCGCAACAAUAUCCGGCAAAAUUUGCUGAAAUUAUAGCCGUUAAUUCCUACAUUCCUGACCAGGUCUUCAAUGCUGAUGAAUCCGGGUUAUUUUGGAAAAAAAUGCCAGAAAGAACCUAUUUGGCUAAAGCUCACAAAUCAGCUAGUGGUCAUAAAGCAGCGAAAAGUCGUAUAACAGUUUUUUUCUGCUGCAACGCUUCAGGCGAUCAUGUAAUGAAACCAUUGGUUAUUAACAAAUCGAAAACGCCACGCUCAUUUAAAGGAAUAAAGAUCAACAACCUUCCCGUUUAUUGGAUGGCCAAUAAGAAGGCCUGGGUUACUGCCACACUUUUCAAUGAAUGGUUUCAUAACUUUUUUGUCCCAGACGUCAAAAGGUAUUUAAGUAAAAAGGGGUUGCCUUUUAAGACCCUUCUUUUAAUUGAUAAUGCACCAGGCCAUCCUCAAGAUUUACAUCACGAAAAUGUGCAAGUUGUAUUUUUACCCAAAAAUACGACUUCUUUAUUGCAGCCGUUAGAUCAAGGGAUAAUUUCGCCCUUUAAGGCACAGUACAUCAAGCGAACCUUCAGGUAUAUUUUAGAACAAAUGGAAAAUGAUGAAUCGCUCCCAAUUAUGGAUGCUUGGAAAAAAUUUACAAUCUUAGAUUGUGUUAAGCAUAUUGGAGUAUCAUAUACCGAAAUUAAGCAAUCAACGCUCAAUGCCUGCUGGAAAAAAUUAUGGCCAGAUGUAGUUGAAGGUGAAAAUUCUAGAUUACCAUUGGAACAUGAAUAUUCUCAGAUAAUGGAGAUGGCGCAUACAAUAGGAGGAGAAGGUUUCGAGGAUUUUGCUGAGGCAGAUAUUGUAGAACUAAUGGAGGACAAAGAACUAGAUGAGGAUGAUUUAGUGGACAUGGUUAAUGAAACAAAUGAUCGUGGCAGUGAUCCUGAUGAAGCAGAGUCUGAACCAGUUGCAUUCACAGCAAAAGUCAUCCGUGAAGGACUUGAAUUAGGGCGAAAAUUGGGUAAUCAUUUUCUACAAAAUGACCCGAAUGUUGAACGAGCUCUCCUAUUUCAGCGAGAUAUUAAUAAACGCUUAACUCAAUAUGAGGAGGUCUAUAAAGAUUUGAUCAAAAUCGAAACACAAUUGUUAAUUACGGAUUUCACUACCAAGGUUCGCCCAUCUGAAGUUGUUUCUAAUUCAUCUAAUAUCGAACUUGAAUCGCAUCAACCACUAUCGAGUGAUGAAAGUGAUAUCAUACCAAUCAGGAAUAAAAGAUUAAGAGUCUACGAAAGUGAUAACAGUAACUAA